AUGGGCGGUGCAAUGUCCGUCUCAAAUCAAGUAGCGCGAAUUAAGUUGCGGUUGCAGCUAAGUUCAUUCGAGAGCGAAGUUGAUUGCUUCGUAGCCGAGAAGAUUACCGAUAGAAUCCCGGCGAGCACGCUGAAGCGCCAGGCGCUCAGGCUGCCGCCCGGCAUUGAUCUAGCGGACCCGAAAUUUUACGUAUCAUCGAAUGUCGAUUUACUGAUCGGCAUCGACUUAUUCUGGCGACUGCUGUGCGUGGGCCAAAUUCAGGCUACGUCCGAGCAUCCCAUAAUCCAGAAAACUCGCGUAGGGUGGGUUUUAGGCGGACGAAUGAAUAUUGGCGCGCAACGGGUCGGUGUCGGAAUGCGUGCUUUAUACGCAUCCGUUAGUAAUUCGCAACUCCAUGAGCAGAUUGAUCGCUUUUGGCGAAUCGAAGAGUUGCAGAGUUGUAACGGCUACACUAGGGAGGAGCAGGCAUGCGAGGAUCACUUUAUGCGCAACGUGUCAAAUAACGAGGAGGGCCGAUAUAUUGUGAGGUUGCCACUCAGGGAAGAUAUAUUUCAGCGACUCGGUGAAUCGCGCGAAACGGCCAUGAAACGUUUUCUGGGACUGGAGAAGCGACUCAACCGUGACUUCGCCUUGAAGCGUGUUUAUGUAGGAUUUCUGCGCGAAUAUCUCUCGUUGGGGCAUAUGAGAAUCGCACCUGCGAGUCCGACCGGAAGCAAACCCAUUUACUUACCCCACCACGGGGUAAUCAAGGGUGACGGGCCACGCGCCAAACUGCGCGUGGUGUUCGAUGCGUCGUGCAGGACAGACACGGGUGUAUCGCUUAACGAGGCUCUUAUGACGGGCCCGGUCGUUCAGCAAGAAUUGAUUUCGAUCUUAAUGCGGUUUCGUGCAUUCACGUAUGUAUUCACCGCGGACAUAAUUAAAAUGUACCGGCAAAUAUUGCUUCACGAGUCACAGACGCAUAUGCAACGCAUAUUAUGGCGCGAGAAUCCAGAUGCUCCAAUUAACGAGUACGAGCUACUUACCGUAACAUAUGGGACGAGUUCGGCAUCGUUUUUGGCCACCAGAUGCCUUCAACAUCUAGCACAGAAGGGCAUCCGAGUAUGCGGUUGGAGCAAGUUGCUGCGGGACGCGGGGGGCGCGACCGACACGAGCAUAGCUUUGGGCGAGAAUUCGGACUCCAAGAUCUUAGGGGUGGCAUGGAGCCCGGUCGAUGACAGUUUCGGAUUUAAUUACGCCGGCAACUCACCUGCCAACCAUAUCACGAAACGGGGCAUAUUAGCAGAAAUCGCGAGUCUAUUCGAUCCGUUGGGACUGCUGGGGCCGCUAACGGUCGUGGCAAAAUUAAUUUUACAAGACUUAUGGCAGUCUCAGGUCGGAUGGGACAAAUCGCUACCUCAGGAGAUACAUUGUCGGUGGUUGGAGGUGAAACGGCAGCUGGCGUAUCUGGGCGAGUUGCGCGUACCGCACUUCGUGGGGCGUGUGAACGAUGCCCGCGUAGCACAACUGCAUGGCUUUUGUGACGCGAGUGAACGAGCGUAUGGCGCGUGCGUUUACGUUAGAACGCAAGAGUCCGGAACAUGCCGGGUUCGACUGUUAGCUUCCAGGUCGCGGGUCGCGCCUAUUAAGGCCAUAUCAUUGCCCCGCUUGGAGUUGAGCGCCGCGCUACUAUUAGCUAGACUUAUGGAAAAGAUUCGGACAGCGAUAGAUGGAUUCUCUCUGAGUCCCGGAGGUGGGCCGCGUUUGUGGCGAAUCGGGUGGGAGAAAUCCAGCGUACAACAGAGAACGCGGAAUGGCGGCACGUGCCGUUCCGCGGAGAAUCCGGCCGACGUACUGUCGCGCGGUGCUGAUUUGGCGGCAUUAGCUGUCUCCAGCACGUGGUGGAACGGUCCAUCGUUCCUGCAGCUUAACGAGGGGCAAUGGCCGACAAGAAAAAUCGAGCUUUCGGAUGAAUUGCCGGAGCGGAAAAGAGUGAUCGCCGCCGUCGCGGCCGAGGGUCGCUCGGUCGUGUCGACGCUAUUAGAAAAACACUCAAGUUUGGAAAAAAUACAGCGGAUAAUUGCAUACUGCUUGAGAGCCGGGCGUUCGCGACGGAACGAGACGAGAGAACUUUGCAUUUCUCAUUGGGAAAUGACCGCGGCAAUGAGAGCCUUGAUACGUUCCGUGCAGCGCGAGUCGUUCCCGAGGGAGUAUCGGUGUUUGAGCGAGGGCCGACCAAUCGACGGCGGGAGCCGUAUUUUAUCAUUGACACCGUUCAUCGAUGAACAUGGAGUUAUUCGCGUGGGGGGACGGAUAGGCAGAGCGGCGUUGCCGCCGGACGCGUUGCACCCUAUGCUGUUGCCGAAAAGUCACACUCUCACGAUCCUCAUUAUUCGCAGGGAACACAUAAGAAAUUUACACACGGGACUGCAGGCCACGACGUGCGCUGUGCGUCAGCGCUAUUGGCCCUUAGCAGCGCGCUCGACGGUCCGCAAGGUGAUACACAAAUGCGUAGGGUGUGUCAGAUGUAGGCCGAUAGCAUCACAAGCGAUAAUGGCAGAAUUGCCCGGUCCACGCGUGACGGUCUCGCGACCAUUUACACAUACGGGGUUGGAUUAUGCCGGCCCGAUUUUGAUAAAAGAAUCGAAAAGGCGUAACGCUAAGAUGCUCAAGGCAUACAUCGCCGUAUUCAUAUGUUUCGCAACGAAGGCCGUACAUUUAGAAAUUGUAAGCGAUCUUACAUCGGAGGCAUUUUUAGGGGCGUUCAAGCGCUUCAUGUCGCGCCGCGGUAGGCCCGCACGCGUAUAUUUUGACAACGGCACUACAUUCGUCGGUGCCAAUAGACAAAUAAAGGAAAUGUACGAGCUUGUCAACGGCGAUCAGGCGGCGAUACGGCAAUUUGCGCAGCGAAACGAGUUCGAGUGGAACUUCAUUCCACCACACGCCCCGCAUUUCGGGGGUUUAUGGGAAACGGCGGUGAAAUCCGCAAAAUUUCAUAUGUAUCGCGUGGUCGGUAACGCCAAUCUCACGUUCGAGGAGAUGGAGACCGUUUUAUGUGAAAUCGAGGCCGUACUGAACUCGCGACCGUUGACACCUCUCAACAAGGACGCCAACGAUCUUACUUGUUUGACUCCGGGUCAUUUUUUGGUUGGUGCAGCGCUAAACAGCUUCUCAGUUACAGAUGUAACAGCCGAGAAUCCAGGACGGCAACGAGUGGAGCAAAUGCGCCAGCAUUUCUGGAGGCGAUGGAGCAACGAGUACAUACAAAUUCAACUGGAACUCAGGGAAAAAGCCAGCAGACGUAUUAAAGUAUCUUACAACAGUUGCAAAACUGAUUUUUCACUGAAUGCAACCAAUGUAACAGUUUUCAAUACUAGUAAUAUAAAAAAAACGUAA